AUGUCUACCUUGGGAAACGAAGCAUCUACCCAAGUGGAGGAAGACGCGAAAGUCGUAUACUUCCACUCCGGCUCGGGUCCCAGCUACCGAAAGGUCAAAGCAAGUGGUGGUAACUCCACUAGCUUCACAUCCAUACCAACCAUAGACAUCUCUUCGAUCAACUCGCCGGACCUUGCAAUCCGUAAAGCGCUUGCUGGGGAAAUUUACAAAGCUUGUGCGGAAACCGGCUUCUUCUACGCAAGUAACCAUGGAGUCCCAAUGGAGCAACAAGAGAACGUCUUCGAGACAAUGAAAAAGUUCUUCGAUCUACCAUUGGAAACCAAGAUGGACGCCCAUGCGCACAAAAAUGCCGCUAUCAGAGGGUAUGAACCAAUGUUGGAGACUCAGCUGGAUCCCCGCACAAAAGGCGACAUUAAAGAAGCAUACACAAUCGGAGACUGUCCUCUUGAGCCCGAGCAGUCAUAUGAAACCAAAACAGGUCAGGCACCACCGCCACACCUCAAGAAGCCUCAAAAUGUAUGGCCCUCCAAGGCUCCAGAGUUUCGAAAGGGAAUGUAUGCAUACUACGCAGCAAUCUAUCCCCUUGCAAUGUCUCUUGUGCGUCUUUUCGCCCUCGCCUUCGACUUGCCCGAAACGGCAUUCGACUCGGACUUUUCAUUCCCGAUCUGGGGCCUGCGAGCUCUACACUACCCUCCAAUGCCUGCGGAUAGCGAAGAACAUGCGAACGGACUUGGCGCGCACGCGGACUUUAGCUGGAUUACUCUGGUCUUACAAGACGAAGUAGGUGGUUUGGAGGUGUUGAAUCAGGAUGGAGUCUGGGUGGAAGCUCCCCCAAAACCAGGAACAUUUGUCGUUAAUGUUGGACAAUAUCUUGAGAGACAGACGAAUGGGAGAUUYCCUGCCACCGUACAUCGGGUACGGAACAAAACCGGGCAAAGAAGGUACUCGAUCCCGUUCUUUCUGAGUCAAAACCCRGAAGCCAUGGUAGAAGUUCUGGAAAGCUGUGUCGAAGAGGGCGAGACUCGUCCACCACCGACUAAUGUUGGAGACCUUUACAUCAAACGAGUUCUGCCGGCAAGGAAGAAACACCCGACAAGCAUCAAGUAUCGCGACGUCCCGGAGUCAGAGUGGAGAUAUGAUUUCUUGUACGCAGAUUGA